AGGAGGAGAGCAUUUUUUGAACCACAUGUUGCUGUGCUUGAUGUAAAGUGCUGCAGCAGCCUUCUUUUUCCCUCGCAAGCUGGCUUGAUUCUGCCCCCACCUGUAGCAACAGUCCUCUUCCUCGUUGCUCGCGGAACGCAAACACAAAGCUGACAGAGCGUGGUCGGCGAGGAGGGAAGAUAUCUUUCAUCAUAAGUGGACUUGUGAGUCAGAGAGCUCCUCAGUGCAGGCUCGUUGACACAGAUGAAAGUGCCAUGCCCGGACUCAUCAACAAGGAGAAUCGUAGUGCUCUACCGCUCAGUGUCUCUGACAUCACUUCCUGUGUCAGGGGCUACACUCAGACCAUGACCGCUUCCAUGACAUAUGAAAAUAUUGAAGAUCAUGCCAUUGAAGGUAUCUUCAUCUAUCCACUGGAGGAAAAAAACAUUGUUGUGGGCUUUGAGGCAAUGAUCUCCAGUCAGAUUAUCACGCUGCAAAUCAAGGACAAAGCCAAGAUUGAUGACUGUUACCAUAAUUCAUGCAGCACACCAAAUGGCGCUCCGCCAAGUGGUGUCGGACACAUACUUCUGGAUGAGGAUUUGGAGAGGACAGUGCUAGUAGUAAACCUGGGGAUCAUUCCUCCUUUGGAGACAGUCCAAAUUCUGGUCAGUACUUCCUGUGAGCUGUCCACUCUUCCCAGCGGCGGCAUCAGUGUGACCACGCCACCAGCGUGCACGCCCCGCGUACAAAGGAGCAUCAACGAGGAACAGGGCUUAUCCCCAAACUUCUCCAGAAUGAGGGAUAAAUAUCAAUGUGGCUCCAGCGCACACGAUCGUGCUUCCACCCCCGCUCAUUUUUGCUUGUUGGCUCUAUUGGAGGAUGAGGCCAUCAACUCCAUGGACUACCAGUUCAACUUCCAGCUGGAGAUAAGAGCCCCCUACCUCCUCGCAGGUGUGGAGAGCCCGUCUCACGCCAUCCGAGCCGAUGCUGACCCUUUGGCCCGUUCAGCCACCAGUGUGGUCAUCACUCUGGCAGACAAGUACACUUAUGACUGUCCUGUUAAGAUCCUCAUCUACCCUAGCGAACCUCACGUGCCUCAAGUGCUCAUCGAGAGCGGCGACAUGACGCAGGAUGAAUAUGAUGAGUUCAUCCAUGGCCGCAGCGACUUCAUCAAGGCCACAAAGAAGGACUCCAGCAAUGAGAGGAAGGUGGAGGCCAUCCACAGGCGUCUGCACAAGGACAUCCUCCACAACCCUGUGGUCAUGCUCAACUUCUGUCCCAACCUCAAGCCUGUCAACGCCGACUUAAGGAAGGUGCACGGAGAGUUCAUCUUCCUCAUUGAUCGCAGCGGCAGCAUGAGCGGUGUCAACAUCACCCGCGUGAAGGAUGCAAUGGUGGUCAUUCUCAAGAGUCUCAUCCCAGGCUGCCUCUUCAACUUAAUAAGCUUUGGCUCCACCUUCAAAUCUCUUUUUUCCAGUAGUCAGAACUACGAAGAGGAAGCACUAGCCCUGGCUUGCGAGUACGUUCGUAAGAUCCGAGCCGACAUGGGGGGUACAAACAUCCUGGCGCCCCUCAAAUGGAUUCUGAGACAGCCAAUGUUUCCCGGACACCCCCGUUUGCUUUUUCUGCUGACCGACGGUGCGGUGAGCAACACAGGCCAAGUCAUCGAGCUGGUGCGCAGUCAUGCGCGCUACAUCAGAUGCUUUACGUUCGGCAUCGGGCAGAAUGCUUGCAGAAGGAUGGUGCGUGAACUUGCAGCAGUGUCCAGAGGAACAGCUGAGUUCCUGGCCGAAGGCGAGAGGCUCCAACCAAGGAUGAUAAAGACUCUGAAGAAGACCAUGUGUCCGGUCCUCAGUGACAUUUCCAUCGAUUGGCUCUUUCCUGAGACCAAAGAGGUCCUCCUUUCACCAGUGGGCAACGCCUUCCUGUAUCCUGGGGACAGUCUCAUUGGGUACGCCGUGGUUUGCGAUGCCACCCGAUACCACGCCAACCCCAAAUCUGACAAAAGACGACGAUACAGCAUGAUGCGCUCCGUUGGCUCUGGCAGCUCCGUCUUUUAUCACUCCCAAGAAGAGGACCCGCUGAAGACCUCUGCUGAUGAUCAGGAAUCUUACAGAGAAACACCGAGCGAGGUUCUCCAUGAUGACUCGAACCAGGAAUCCAUGAUGAAUGCCGCUGUGGAAAAUAACGGUGCGUUGGAGGGUCAGACGUCAGCACGAAGGCGAGCGUACAGCACCAACCAGAUAACUGAGCACGUUCCAGCUAAGAAGUACACAUCCAGUGAUCCCAGUUCCGUCAUGCCAAAGAAUCCUCUUAGGCGAGCCAAAGUCCAGGAGCUGAUUGGAUACAUGAGUCCGGAGCAUGAGGCCCAGUGGAAGAGAGACUACCAGCUUCAGCUGAUCAGUCUUUGUGCCGCAUCUUCGAGAGAACAUCCAGUAGGCGUUCCCCUUCCGCUCCAGCAUCACCCGUCAGGUGAGGCGGGCUCAGAAAUGCCGACAUUGGCCCCGGUCCGGAACACUGCUGGAGAGGAUGGUUCUAGAUCGUCGACAGAUAGCCCAUCUUCAGGAAGUGCGGGAGAUGCAGAAGGAUACAGCCACCAGCUGUGUCAGGCUGAAACGCCACAGGAGAACCGCAUCGCAGACAUGGGCUCGGCGGGCCAGCAGAGAGGGGAGUGCAAAGCCGUGGUGUCAGGUCUGCUCUGCGGAAAGCCUGUCCAGUGGGAGGUGCUCUUUGACGUCGAGCCCUUCCUGAAGGGGCGGGAACGCGAGGAGAAGGUUCACGAGGAGCUGUGGAACGAGACCUUCCACCAUCUGGCCGCACGCUCCAUCAUACACGACUUUGAGCACAUGGCAGAGAGGGAAUGCGACAUUGAGCACGGCUCUGGCAGGAAGUACCACGUUUACGCCAUUCACACCAGCAAAGCGUGCAACAUACUGAGCAAAUACACUGUGUUUGUUCCCGUCGAUCUGGACACAAAUGAAUAUCUGCAGACAUGCAUUGACUAUAUCAAACUCGGUGACGGUUUAAAAAGAAGCUCACGCUCCAGUUCAGGAAGCAGAAAGAGCCAAGCUUACUCCAUUGGCCUGGGCCGCUCUCAGUCUGGUGGUGUGUCGGAAGAAACUGAAGACAUGUCUAACAGCUUAGAAGACGGCAUUUCUCCCUGCAGCACUCCGUCCUCAUCCAGCUGGGAGAAAUAUAACUUCACAGAAGGGACUCAAAGGAGUCCAUCAGUGACAUCGGACCAGUCUCAGAAGUCUUUGGAAAGUCUUUUUUCUGCCAGGUUGGCGCUCAGCAGGACUCGUCUCCUGACAAAGGCCGCCAAAGGAUUCAUGAGCCGAUCCCAUAGCAAGUCCGGUGAUUCCAUGGGAGAGAGUGACAACGAGAACAAGGACUACAUUCCUCUGGUGUUGCUGCAGCUGGCGUGUGGCGCUUUCCCGCUCGACCUCGCCCUGUGCGACACCAUCAACGUGCCCAUGGACAAGCUCAAGUGGACGUCCCCCUUUACCAGCCACCGCACCAGCCUUGGACACCUGUCCCACUCGAGCAGCCGGCGCGCAGAGAGCGCCGAAGACGAUUCAGGAUCAUGCGACCAACAAACAGGUACGAAAGAUCCUCUCCCGUCCGCCAGAUACCAGGCGGACAACGAACCGGGCGCUCCGGUGACAAGCUCUCCUAGCGGUGCGCAAAGGAGGAUGCUGGACCCGGAGAGCCUGGUGUGGGCAACGGCGGUAGCCCUGGCUUGGCUGGAGCACAGCUCCGCUAGCUACUUCAUCGAGUGGGAGCUGGUGGCCGCGAAGGCUAGCAUGUGGCUCAGCGGCCAGGACAUCCCGGAGGGCCGAGAUGUGGCAUCGGUCAAGGCGGCGGCCAACCAGCUCUUCAUCAUCCUCAGACACUGGGAUGACAACCUGCAGCUGAACAUGCUUUGUUAUAACCCCAACAGUGUGUGAUGCUACUGCACCUGCCUACGCUUGUCUCUCUGAGGUCCGUCAGUGUUGUGAGCAAUGUGCAUGCACUUUUUUCUGUGUGUGUGUGUGUGUGUGUGUGUGUGUGUGUGUGUGUGUGUGUGUGUGUGUGUGUGUGUGUGUGUGUGUGUGUGCAUCCUACAAACAUAUCAGAGUCAGAACGUUUACAUGCACAGUCUUGCUCCACUGAGACAUUUAUUUAAAGUGCUUGCAGAUGAAAAAGUACACAUGCAGAAUGUGCAGAACAAAACGACUGUAGGCUACCAUCGGUAGCGCUUAGCCUCCUUAUCAUAUCCUACUCGAGACGUUAACCUCUUGUUGACCUACUAUGCCACAGACGACCCAAGAAUCUCUUGACUCCUACAAAUAAUUAUUUUGUUGUACACAUCUGCUGCAAACAUGCACCACAUUUAUAUUUAAAAGUUUGAACUACAUUUCACUGCUGGUGUGGUGGUACAAUUGCCUGAAUGCAGUGCAGGCAGUGUGAUUUCAGUUCCCACGCAAAGAUGGUGUGCAUGUGAAUCUGGAUUUUUUUUCGUCUCUAUAUAUGUGCCCUAUGACUGACUGGUGUCCAGUAAAGGGUGCAGUCGGUCUUUUGCGUGGAGUCAGCUGGA